AAAACGAGGAGGCAGGAGGUAUAUAAGGAGAGUGUUCUUCUACCAGCCAGGCUGAUAGCACGCAGCCCUCUUCGCUCCUCUUUUUUCGACUCUUUCGUCAACCCCACCACCUCCUCCUCCUCCCACCAUGAGCCACUCGCAGGCCCAGUACUCAGUGAAUAAGCUGUACCAGAGUGUCAUAGAUGACGUGAUAAGUGGCACUCGAGAGGCCUUUCUGGACGAAGGGGUAGAUGAACAGGUCCAACAGGAGUUGCGUAUGUUGUGGGAGUCCAAAUUAGUUGCGACGCGAGCCAUUGAUUCGACAGACUCACAAGGUCCAAGCACAGCUAAUGGAAAAGCCAAAGGAGGUGGUCACAGCAGCUCCAACAAUUCUCAUGCACAAUCGUCGAAUUCAAACUCUAAUAGCGUUCCUCCUCUUCCUGCGGCGACUGCUCCACAUCAUCCUCAGCCACUCCCAAUGGUGUCUGCUGACCCUCAAGCCCUUGUUCCAAUUCAGAUAACCAUGCCUCGAGGUCCGGCUGACUCAUCAGGGUUUCAACGGACCAUAACCAUCCAUGUUCCUGCGGCCUGUAUUCAUUCUAAUAAGUUGCAGGAUAUUUUAUCGCUUCCCGCUAUUCAAGGAACUUUAUCAUUACCUUCGGAAUUGGCCGCUGCAUCGCUCCAAGGUCAAGUUAACCAGGCUUUGUUGAAUGCCGGCUUCUCUUUGGGGAGGCCCAUCCAACCCAACAGACUUCCAACUAUUAUGACCAAUGCUAUACCUCAAAUUGAUGGUGGAGGAGAUACGUCAAGUGAUGACGACGACGAUGAUGAUGAUGAAAAUGAGGACGAUGACAACGAUGAUAAGGAUGAUGAAGAGGAAGAACAACAGGAGGAAGAGGAGACUCAGGAUGAGGAGCCUUUAAAUUCAGGGGACGAUGUAUCAGACAAUGACGAUCCCACAGAAAAACUUUACGACAUUGAAAACGUUGUCGUGUGCCAGUAUGAUAAGAUUACCAGAACGAGAAAUAAAUGGAAGUUUCAUCUAAAAGAUGGAAUUAUGAACCUCAACGGAAAAGAUUAUGUGUUCCAAAAAGCCAAUGGAGAUGCAGAGUGGUAAUAGUGCAAACCUCAUCUUCAAACCGUACCCUCCUACAUACAAGACAAUCUCCUCACCCACGAUUGUCACUCCUCUGCCCUGUUCUCCUUUUCGUCCACAAUUUUUAAAGAGUACUUUUCCAAAUGGGAAUAAGCAAGGUUAACCAAGAAGCCUUGUCGUACACACUAUUAGUAACUUAUAAUUUAAAGUUUAUUGAAAUUUUAAUUUAGGGCAUCAUACUUGUUGGAUCUGUUGCAUAUUGUUUGAGUUGAUCACAGAUUGUAAAGUUUGAAAGUUCAUGUCUGGUGCUUGAUUUAACGUGGUCAGUUAUAUUUUACUUUAAUUUCAUUCCCUAUUCUAAUUUUAUACAAUUCGUUUUUAACCAUAGCAUAUAGUUGGAUCUCUUGUCAACUCCGUAUAAAGUUUGUAUAACGUACAUAUGUAUAUACAUAUAUAUUUCAAUAUCCCAUCCGAGUUGUUAGUACUACAUAUGUAUAGGUUACUACUGCUUUCAAGCUCCUCCAGAAUUUAUUAUUAUUCAAUUAUGGGUUUGUUCAAAGAAGUAUUAUGGGCCAGAAAAAACUAGAUAAUCCUCCUCUCUGCCCUAAAGAAAGGUUUUACCAUUUUCGCUGUAAAAGUAGUCCAACACCUGUUUAAGAUUUCUCGGUUGUUGAACAUUGUCCGAGCGAACAUGAUGGCAACACUCACAAUAAUUCAACAGUAUCCCUCCCUAUAUCGGUCCCAAAUUGAGUAAAGUAAUCAACUACCAAAAUCUACGAGUAUUUUAUCACAUUAAAAAUUGUACUAUUUCAAACCUAUGUAUUUAAACUGUACCGUAUAUCGAAACCGAAAUAACAUGUAAUUUUACUAACUCCA